GAACCCGUGGAGCGCUCUGAAGGGCCGGAGCCCCAAGUUACUCCUCGCCAGCGCUGGCCGCCGCUGUCACUCGCAGGCUGGCCGGGGAAGGGACCCGCACGCCUGGCUUUGUUGUGGAAAUCCGGGUUACCUGGCUAAUAACCCACACCAUGGAUAACUUAUUGGACUUUGCCUGAAAGGAGUCAUUAGUGCCAUUGGAUAUUUGACCAUCCUGGCCACAGGUUUUUUCAGAAUGAAUGGAAGGUCAUGCAGCAUGAGUCUCCACCGGACAUCAGGAACCCCACAGGGGCCUGGGAUGGUCAGUGGCCAACACAUUCCUCCCAUCCGAGCCCACUCUGGGACUCCUGGCCCUGCGUCCUGUGGCAGCACAGCGAGCCCUGCCAUCGGAAGCCUUGCUAACAGCCUCCAUCUCAAGAUGCCCUCGGGAGGAGGGAUGGCUCCUCAGAGCAACAUGGCCGAGAGCCCCCUCCAUCUGCCCGCCUUGAGCCCCAGGAGACAAGUGCUCACCAAUGGGAAGCCACGAUUCCAGGUCACCCAGGCUGGAGGCAUGUCAGGGCCACACACUUUAAAGCCAAAGCAGCAGGAGUUUGGAAGUCCUUUUCCUCCAAAUCCUGGGAAAGGGGCUCUUGGCUUUGGGCCUCAGUGCAAGUCCAUUGGAAAAGGCAGCUGCAACAAUCUAGUGGUCACCAGCAGUCCCAUGAUGGUUCAGCGACUGGGACCCAGUUCACCUCCAGCAAGCCAGGUCUCUACAGCAUGCAACCAGAUCAGUCCUAGCUUACAGAGGGCAAUGAAUGCUGCCAACCUGAAUAUACCUCCUUCAGAUACCAGGUCCUUUAUUUCUCGUGAGUCUUUGGCGUCCACAACUUUGAGUCUGACAGAAAGUCAGUCAGCCUUGAGCGUGAAACAAGAGUGGUCUCAUGGCUACAGGGCUCUCCCGUCGCUCUCCUCCAGCCACAGCUCCCAGAAUGGCAUCGAUCUAGGGGACCUCCUUAGCCUUCCUCCUGGGACAGCCAUGUCCAGCAAUAGCGUCUCUAACUCAUUGCCGUCCUACCUGUUCAGCAUGGAAAACAGCCACUCUCCUUACCCUAGUCCCCGGCACUCAUCGGCCAGGUCCCACUCAGCCCGCUCCAAGAAGAGAGCACUAUCCUUGUCCCCGCUGUCCGAUGGCAUUGGGAUAGACUUCAAUACCAUCAUCCGCACAUCGCCCACGUCAUUGGUCGCCUACAUCAACGGGUCGAGGGCUUCCCCGGCCAACAUGUCGCCGCAGCCCGAGGUCUACGGGCAUUUCCUGGGGGUGCGUGGCAGCUGCAUUCCCCAGCCGUGCUCGGUACCAAGCAGCCAGAAGGGCGUGCGGGUGGCCAGCAGUGGCCUGGCACUCCCGGCGUACGGCGAGGAUGGCGUGCUGGAGUAUGAGCGCAUGCAGCAGCUGGAGCACGGGGGCCUCCAGCCGGGGCUGGUCAACAACAUGGUGGUGCAGCAUGGCCUGCCCAACCCCGACGGCCAGCCGGGUGGCCUGCUGAAGACCGAGCGCCUGGAUGAUUUCCCGGGCGGUGCCCUGGACCUGCCCUCUGCACCCCCUCUGCCUCCUCUUCCACCACCCCCCGGCCCGCCACCCCCCUACCACUCCCACCCCCAUCUGCACCACCAGGAGCUAGUGGCCCGUGCCCAGCCGCUGGCCCUUCCCCAGGCUGCCCUGGAGGAGGACGGCGAGAUGGAAGACGUUGGGGGCAAACACUGCUGUCGCUGGAUCGACUGCAGCGCCCUGUAUGACCAGCAGGAGGAACUUGUGCGGCACAUCGAGAAGGUUCACAUAGACCAGCGCAAAGGGGAAGACUUCACUUGCUUCUGGGCUGGCUGUCCUCGAAGGUACAAGCCGUUCAACGCCCGAUAUAAACUGCUCAUCCACAUGCGAGUCCACUCCGGGGAGAAGCCCAACAAGUGCACGUUUGAAGGUUGCAAGAAGGCCUUUUCCAGGCUUGAGAAUCUUAAGAUUCACUUGCGGAGCCACACCGGCGAGAAGCCGUACUUGUGCCAGCAUCCGGGCUGUCAGAAGGCGUUCAGUAACUCCAGCGACCGCGCCAAGCACCAGAGGACGCAUCUGGACACUAAACCUUAUGCUUGUCAAAUUCCAGGAUGCACCAAACGCUACACAGACCCAAGUUCCCUACGAAAGCAUGUGAAGGCACAUUCUUCCAAAGAUCAACAAGCAAGGAAAAAGUUGCGGUCCAGUGCAGAGCUCCAUCCUGACCUGCUCCCAGACUGCCUCGCCGUGCAGCCCCUGCAGUCGGCCACCUCCCCGCGCGAUACUGCUGCUGAUGGGGCAGUGGGACAUUCCCCCGCGCCUGGGCCUGACCUCUAUCCAGCCUCCAUCUUCUCCAGCAAUCACUCAAGCCGAAGCGGAACAGCUGCUGGGGCCGUGCCACCCCCACAUGCUGUCGGUCACCCUUCUCCGGGACAGAAUGUACAGGGGAGCCCCCACAACCCCACCUCCCAGUUACCUCCACUCACAGCCGUGGACGCGGGAGCCGAGAGGUUUGCACCUUCUGCCCCAUCUCCUCACCACAUCAGCCCCCGGAGAGUUCCAGCUCCUUCUUCAGUAAUGCAGAGAACACAGCCUCCCCACACCCAGCAGCCAGCGGGUGGGCCACACCUGAAGUCUUACCAGCCAGAAACAAACUCUUCCUUUCAACCAAAUGGAAUCCACGUCCAUGGAUUUUACGGACAGCUGCAGACAUUCUGCCCCCCCCAGUACCCGGACUCCCAGAGAACUGUGCUGCCCAGCAGCCCCUGCAGUGUGGUGCCUUCCUUCGAGGACUGCCUGGCCCCCACACCCAUGGGGCAGGCUGGCUUCGAUAUGUUCCACAGAGCCUUCUCAGCUCACUCGGGCAUUGCAGUGUAUGAUUUGCCUUCAGGGUCCUCGAGCCUCUUUGGGGAGUCUCUUCGCAGCGGGCCUGAAGACUCCACGUUCUUGCAGAUCAGCGCCGUGGACCGCUGUCCUAGCCAGCUCUCCUCCGUCUAUACUGAAGGCUAAACACUCCCCAGCCUCCACUCCCACUGGCACCCAGAACCUCUUUGUCGCUUGCCACCUUUUAUUUUCAUAUUCUCCUAGACUGCAUGGAAAGGACAUCUGCCUCGUCAGCGGAACCUGCAGAGUCAGAUGUGUCUCUGGAAGGCAGGACUGGUGAGAGCCGGGCCUCGCACGAGUGUUUGCCUUUGUUCCUUCUUCUCUCUGGGUUUGCUGGUAACCAGAGGACUGUCUUUUCAAAGGGAAUUUAGAGUCACUCUAGCGGAUACCGGUGAUUUCCGGCUGUCAGCUCUCAAAGGACCGCAGUGAAACAAUGCGCAUGUGAAAAUACAGUCUGGGGAUCACCCUUGCACAAAAAUCCAAGUAAGGAAGGACAGUGCAAGUUGCCGGAAGUGCAGUGAACGCCACUACUCACCGGCCCCGCCGGCUCCUGCACAACCAGGCAGCAAAGGGAACCGACAUCAAAGCACAGCUCUGCUCACCUCCUGGGGAAGCCCGGGCUCCUGGCCUCUUAUUAGGCCUGUGCUGACCAGUUGCUUUUCAGUAUUUCUCCAAAAGCAAAAUAAGAAGGUCCUGUCAAGCACAGUCCCUUGAAAGGCACUACCACUUGUUUUCUGUUCCAGCAACUUAUCUUAGCUCUUUUAUUUUAAAGACUUGUUAUUUACAUCUACUUUUAAAGGAAAAAAAAAAUAUUUAGAAGUCUGUUCUUUGGUUGGAAAGAAUUAUUGUAAUCAUCCCAGUUACGUCCAUUUUGACACCGCUGUAGCUGGGCCUGGCCCCGCCUCACCGAGCCUGUGAGCCCCGCUGGAAUGUUAGUUUUGCAUUUCGCAAAAGCCACCUGAGGGAAGUGGAGUGGGCCCAGCCCCCUUCCCGGGGCUGUAGCAGACACCCUGGUGGGUUGACUGUUCAGUGACCCCCACCUCGAAGACCUCGUUCCAUGGAGAAGAUCGCUUGACUGGUUGACCCAUUGCCUCCACUCGGUGCUGUGCCGAGUCCUGCUAGAAGAUGUGAGAACAGGGACCCCUGAGCUGAGAUCCUGGGUUCUCUCAGAAAACCAAACUAGAGGUGCCCGAUGUCCAGUGAUUUUGCACAGAUUCUGCUCACCUCCUUUAAGAUACCCACUCACCUGUCUGUCUAUCCAUCCCCUGUACUGUCGUCUCCCUCCUCCUCAUUAUUCUCACCUCCUUCUCAUGUGCAUUCUGGCACACCCACCCGCCCUCGUGGGAGCAUCCCUCCUCGCAAGGUCUGCCCUGAGGCUGGUAGAGGCAAAGUCCAGGGAAGGUGCGCAGAAGUAGUUGACUGUUUUCCUGAGACUCUCAUUUCAGGGCCUGGAAUGUUCACAGAGCUCUUGAUCAUUUGAUAGCAACCCUGAAUAGGAAGCCACUUUCUGGGAUGCGUUUACAAAACUAUUAAAAAGAUCUUAAGUCCUACGCAUUGGCCCUAAAAAGUAGCCACACCCCAGAGACACGGGGUAAAGUCUGACAUUCCGGGACUGGCACAUUUCACAGUUUCUUUCCCCUCGUAAAAUGAAACAGGGCUGUAUUUCCCACCGAGAUCAUUACAGUCUCCAACGCAAGUUCACCAGUGCGGUGUCACACUUGGGAUCUGGGGACAGUUUUCCUCCUGACAGGCAGGUCGGGCCGCACGGGCUGGACUUGAUCCCCACGAGCCGUAGAGUGAGAGGUCUAACGAGCCAUGUGUGGGGGCCGCUUUUCCAGGGCAUGAGGUCAGUCCGCUUCCUCAGACUCAUGAGCUCUGAUCUGAGAAAGGCCACCAUGCCGGCGUCCAGGGCUCAAAAGAGCGAAAAGUUACUCACUUUACAAAACUCUGCUCAGCUUUACGAAAGAAGGCUCCUCAGGCUUCCCAGCCAGACGAGCUCCCAGACCGCGAGUAAAACGCCACCCUCCUUGCAGACUUUGUGGCUUCUGUCCCUUGGCCUAAACCAGGACACGUGCAUGCUAACUCUGCUGUCCCCGUGUGUCCUUUGUCACACCCCGGAAAGGAAGAUAAGCUCGGAUACCGUUAGACAAUGUGUCCGUUCUUAAAUACGGAAGCCUGUAUGAGGCACUCAGAACAUAGUUCGUACUUUGUGUGAAGAGGAGGAAAAAGCUGGAAAGCAAGGGGGUUAUCGCAGUGAUGUCAGCCCUGCCUGUGGCUUUCUGUAAUUUGAAGUGGGAGGGGGCGGGGAGAAGCCGGAAGCUGAACCUCAGACACUGUGGAUGUCAGCUUCCUCUGACUGGAGGAGAUGCUCCCGGGCUAGUGUCUGGUCUGACUGUGGCCUCAUGGCGGCCCUGCCCUUCUCGUGCCCCACUGCUGCUUUUGGGGUGUGGGGGGACAGCAGCACCGGCAGGGCCUCCUUCCUCACAGGGUUGGGGGCCAGCCGCUGAAGGGUAUUGGUGUGCGCAGAGGGAGCGUGUGGGAAGCCUGCCGGCUUGCAUCCCCUCACAUAGUCCUUGGUGUAUCCUGGUGGCUGCGGGUUUGAGCUCAACCCUCAGGGCCUGACACACUCAGGUUCCUUGUAGACGGCACAGGCUGUCCCUAGCUUCUGGAAUCUCACUUGACCUUCAGAUUUGUCCCUUGCCGGCUUUCACAUUGCAUGAGAUUCAUAGAUGCGUUCAUCAUUAUGUGUGUAGCAGUGAAAGUAGAAACUUCAAAAAAAUUCAUUCCCUUCCAUUUCCUGGCCCUUUUCGUCUCGAUAUGUAACCAACCAUUUUCAUGAACAUCUGAGCAGAGAUCGUUAUUCCCCCUUUUUGAAAACAACAACAACAACAACAACAACAACAAAAAACCCUGGUGCUUGUGAAAAUACACACAGCCCAAAGCCAAUUAUCCUAUUACAUUUAAAAAAAAAAAAAAUUCAGUCUGCCUAGAGACAUUUCGUUUGCUGCAUUGUCUUAAUUCCCUAAAGGGACCGCCUCAAAAUGUCAGUUGUAACUUAGCCUCUGAUCAGCUGUUAAAUAUUAUUUAAGUAUGUACUGGUCCUGUGGGGUGUCUCCCUUUACCCCUGCCUCCCCCAGAUUGCAUAGGUGAUUCUAAAGCAGACAGAAGGCCUUCAGUGGACCCACCAAUCAAACAGAGUGUGGGUGUUGUUCUGUUGCGUUUAAAUGCCCCGCUGUCAAGCACAUCACUAUGUUAGAGCAGAGAAACGUCCAGCUCCCCUUUCCAAGAACCUGGACUGUCCGGUUGCCUUGAAGUAUUGGGAAUACUUCAAGUGACUGUAAAUGUCCAAUUUAAUUAUUUGGUAUUUUAUUUGACUGACCGUGAUGUUUUCUAGCAGCAUUUUGUAAUGGCACUUUUUGUUGGUAGUGCGGAAUUUCUGCUUACUUUUUUUUUUUUUUUUUUUUGCAAUGGAUAAAGCAAAAGAAAAAACAAAACAAAACAAAACCAAAAACCAGUCAUUGGAGAAAUGGCAAAAUGUAAGAAA